AUGGCAAAGCCUGUCCCUCCGGCAUACCUGAGGACGAAGCUUGUUCCACACGCCCAACAGGUGUGUGAUCUAUACAAAGCUGCUCUUUAUAACAUUAAAGCUCAGAAGUUGGAUCAAUUCGAGGCUGUUCUUCUUCGUGCAAGAUUCGACAGGAACAGGGAUAUUAAGGAUCCCGUGAAGGCGAAGAAACUCUUGGACGAUGGAUGGAAGGAGCUUCAGAAGAACAAGGCUGCCUUUCCCUUUUUAUAUCCAACUUCUCCCGGCGGUGUCGCCUACGAACGCUAUGAUUUUCACCAACCAGAUUAUUUCCUGGAUCUCUGGCAUCCUUUGGAAAAAAUGCAGUACCCGGACUACUUUGCCCUCCGUGAGAAGAGAAAGGCCGAAUUCAUUGAGCAGUGGAAAGCUCGUUAUGGUGAACUCAAGUCUGACGAGGAACACUAA